AUGAACAGACUGCCGAAAAGAGUAGCUAUGGCAGGGGAAGAAGAAGCAAGCAUCCGGGACGACAUCGAUAGGGCGAGCGAUCUCCCGCACUGCAUUCUGCAUCACAUCCUCUCCUUUCUCGACACCAAAUCCGCUGUCGGGACCAGCGCCCUGUCCAAAAGGUGGACGACCCUGUGGAAAGAAGUCGCUGUCUUGGAUAGGUUAAGCCAACUCCCGGACUACAUUCUGCACCACAUUCUCUCCUUCCUCGGCGGCGACGCCAGAGCAUCCUGUCGAGCCGGCGCUCUGUCCAAGAGGUGGACCAACUUGUGGAAGCACGCCUUCGUCUUCGAUUUCCAGGCAAAGUCGUUGAUCAAUGACGAUGGCGAAUUGUGGUUGCAAGAUGCUCUGUCAUCUCUCGGAUCCCACCACGCUGGCACCAUUGGUAGCGUUAGCUAUGAAUUUACUGAGAUUCGGGACUCCAGAACAAAUACGCGCUUGGAGAUUGAGCUGUUUGAUAUAGUCAUGAGAUAUCUCGGCAGUUGUCCUGAUCCUCGUCUUCGAAUUUUGUCGAUUGCCGGUCGGGUUCCUUUCGAUCAGUUAGCCCAGCCCAUCACAGUUCAUGGUCACCGUGAACAUCUCACCACUCUGAAGCUCGAGCGGUUCGCUCUCUGCCCUCCCAGCGCGAUUGCCAAUCACCACUUCACGAAUCUGACUAUUUUGGAACUGCGUGCCUGCUACGUGGGAUGUGGUUGGUGUUCACUUGAUGAUGAUCCUUUCGCCGGUCUGCCUUGUUUGGAGAGCUUGAAGCUGAUCCAUUGCCAUCUCGAGAAGCCGUUGCGAGUGUCGGGACUCCAACUGGUGAACCUCGAAAUUGCGAGUGAUCAGCGGCCUGCACAUUCGACGAUUUGGCGCAUCUCGAGAUUGUGUGCUCCGAAGCUCGAGUCUCUGUAUCUUUCGGCUCCCACAAGCACGAUCUGGCUCAUCGACGAGGUGACCCUUCCUUGUCUUGCUCGCGCUGUCGUCCGACUCGAGAGCCUCGACGACAACAUGGAUUAUGAGUUGCUUGGCCGUGGUUAUAUGAAGAUGGUGAACAGUGCGUUUGUGACGUUGUUGCGUGGUUUGCACAAUGUAAAGUCUCUCGAUCUGUGUUUCAACGACGAGCUCAGGCCACCACAAAAGAUCUUGGUGUGCCUCUUCCUUCUCGUUGAUAGUGCUCGGCGUGAGAGCAGAGCAGAGAAACAGAGUAUGUCUGGUGCAGAGUAUAGGGUGAGUGAUCUCCAGGACUACAUUCUGCAUCACAUCCUCUCCUUCCUUGACACCAGAUCUUCCGGCCGAACCAGUAUUCUGUCCACGAGAUGGACCAAGUUGCGGAAAGGCGGACACGCUCCCCUGUUCUUAUUAAGUCGAGCCUGCUAA